CACAAUUUAUGGUUAUGCCAUUGCUCUGCAAUAUUGGGCCUAUGAAAUUUUCACAAAGUUCUCUGCAUUUGCUGAUCAACAACCCCUGGCCUUUCCAAGAAUGCUUAGCUGGUCAGCGCAUAAAAUGCUGAAAGAGAAAGAUAUUGAAGGUGUAUUUAAGAAAAAAAGUAAUCUUGUGAAGGCCACGCUCAAUCCAAGACCCGAAGAGAAAGAAUUUCAUGACUCUAUUAUUCAAGGACCAGAUGAACUACUCAUGGGACGUGUUAUUAGCUUUGUAGACGAUGAUGUGGAAUUGGAGUUUGAAAGGGAAGAACGUGAGGAAUCUCCCACAAAGCCCGAUGUAGCAGAUGGGCAUCGUCACGAGCAAGACAAGAAAGAGAUACCAACUCCAAUUAACACCCACCAUGAAAAGUUGUUAGCUGAUAUUGACACUUUGAAAAGUAACCAACAAAGAAUGGAGGAGAAGUUGGAUUAUCUAAUUGAAUUAGUGCUCUCGUAACGUAAAGGUAGUGAUUCUGAGGAUUCAUUAUCAGAUGAGCAUCUUGCUUCACCACACCAUACAUUUAUUAUGGAGCACGUUGUUGGAGAAGAUAGCCCUAGCUGUAAGGUGGUAUCUCCUGGAGAUAUGGCUGGGGUGGAAUUCAAGAGAAGGAGGGUUCCAACGAAAAGAAUUUUUGGUUCCGAGUUUACUGAUCCAACUAAGAAGAAAAAGAAAGCAAAGACAAUUGUAACUGAUCCUUGUGAAAUUAAUCCCCUACAGCCAUAUGACGAAAAGCAAAUGAGACGUUUUAAGAAAUGGGUAAUUGGUUUAAAAAAGAAUGAUAAGCCUAUUUCUCUCUUGGCUGGUUCGUGCACUGCGAAAUGGUUUAUUCAGCUACUUACACCACGUACAUGGCUGGACGGACUGCACAUUGAUGCAGCUUUAGGGUUGAUGAAAGAACGAGUGUACACUUACAAGAAGACUUACUCCGAAAGAUUCACCAUCGUGGAUUCUAUGUUCCAACAGUUCUUCGAACCACAUUGGGAACAAUUCAACAAGAAGAAAAUCAAAUCAAGCUACAUUUGGCCACAAGAAGUGCUUGAUUACUUGGUAGGUGAUGAUAACAAUUUCAAAAGGAGUUGGAAAGACAUUGAUGAAGUGUUUACCCCAAUUAAUUUUUCUGGGACACAUUGGGUGUUGUUAGAGAUAUCAUUGACAAGCUGUCUUAUAAAAGCUUAUGACUCUGAUAUCACUGUGGUCUCCAACAAGGAGUUUGAGAAUAAAAUGAGCAGAUGGGGAAAAAUGCUACCAUUUCUAAUUCAAUCCAGUGGGCUGUUAAGCCAUAGGAAAGAUGUCCAACUACAAGCACAGAAAGUGCGUUUUGAGUUCACAAGACUUGGCACAGAAAAAGUGCCACAGACCAAAACUAGUGGCAAUUGUGGGGUAUAUGUCAUCAAACAUCUAGAGUACUUGCUAGCCAAAAAACCGCUAUCCGAAGUGAAUGACGACAACAUGGAUUUCUUUAGAAAAAAGACUUGUGUGUGA